GUCUUAUAUCACUCAGACAUUCAGCUCAAGUAGUGGUCUCUGUACGUACGUGCUUGGUGAUAUUGAUCGACUUGCAGUUUAGCUCCGGCAUCCAAUAAUGGCUGGCUUGAAGGCAGCUCUGAUGAGGUUCGCAGUGCGCCGCCGCGCGGCUUCGCUUGUACCUCCGGCAUCGCUGACACCCCGGGAGCUGAAGCGGUUGUCGGACAUAGACGACCAUGACAGGCUGCGGGUCCACGUCCCCAUCAUCCAAUUCUACGGGAGGAAGGAGUCCAUGCGCGGCAAGGACCCCGCGCUGGUCAUCCGUGGCGCCCUCGCCAAGGCUCUCGUGGACUACUACCCGUUAGCUGGGCGGCUCAGAGAGCUUCAAGGGCGCAAGCUCGCCGUGGAUUGCACCGGCGAGGGAGUGCUGUUCACCGAAGCUGAUGCCGACGUGCGCCUCGAUCAGUUUGGCGGCGGCCAGGGCCAGCUGCUGCCGCCGUUCCCAUGCUUGCCGGAGCUCAUUUUCGAUGUGCAAGGCUCUUCCGCCAUCCUAGACUCCCCACUGCUACUCUUCCAGGUGACGCGGCUGGCGUGCGGUGGCUUCAUCCUAGGCCUGCGGUUGAACCACACCAUGGUGGAUGGGCAGGGAGUGGUCCAGUUUCUGGGUGCAGUGGCGGAGCUGGCGCGGGGUGCACAGGCGCCUACGGUGCGGCCUGUGUGGCGUCGCGAAGUGCUUGAGGCACGCGACCCGCCACGGCCGCGUUUCCCGCACCACGAGCUUGACGAGACGCCUGACGCCAAGGGCGCCAUCAUCGGUACGCUCGACAAAACAGUGCAGCGCUGCAUCUUCUUCGGGCCUCACGAGGUGGCCGCCAUCCGUGCCCAGCUCCCUGCGCACCUGCAGAAGAGCGCCACGAGGUUCGACGUCGUCGUGGGGUGGCUGUGGAAGUGCCGAACGGUAGCGCUUGCACCGGACCCCAACGAGGAGAUGCGGAUGAUGUUCCCAGUUGACGCCCGUGGCCGUGCCCAAGCCGUUGGUGCCGUCGGCAUCCCCGUUGGCUACUACGGCAACGCGUUCACGACCCCAGUCGCCAUAUCGACGGCCGGUGAGCUCUGCAGCAACCCCCUCAGCUACGCAGUGGAGCUUGUGAAGAAGGCCAAACAGGAGGUGGACUUCGAGUACAUGCAGUCGACGGCGGACCUCAUGGUGCUGCGCGGGCGGAGGUUCGUCAUGCCGUCUGAGACCGCGUUUGGGGUGUCAGACGUGACAAAGGCCAAGUUCGCCGAUCUCGACUUCGGGUGGGGCAGGGCGGUGUACGGCGGACCGGCGGAGGGUGUCGGUAGCCCCAUGUUGCCAUGGUUUGUUAGCUUCCUCUUACCAUUCAAGAACGCCAAUGGUGAUGAUGGCAUCGCCGUGCCCAUGUCCCUGCCUCAGGCCGCCAUGGACAGGAUUGUUGUGGAGAUUGCCAAGCUAUCUACUACAAGUACCAGCGCAAGAUGUGGCUCGCCAAGUCCUGGAUUGUCCCCCGUCACGAACAAACUCGCUCUGAAUUGAAAUUCAUCUUUCGCCUACCGGCGUUCCGUUCUCUGUGUCUUACUGAUGGUUGGUUGAAUCGGCCAGUGUGAAAUCGAUGGCCAGUGAAAUAGAGAACUUUUUACUAGGGGGUGACUGCCGUCGGUAAAAGUAUAUUUUCACGGGUGGUUCUAAGCUACAACUAGCAGAAAUAAAUUCAAAAAAGUUAUGUGAAAAUUUAAUAAAUUCUUUGCACCUA